AUGGCUGGAGCCGUCUACGAGGGCGUCGCAGGAGGUGGUGACUUAUUCCAGGGACAGAAGUUCUUCAUUUCGCAGCGCGUUCCGCUGCGGGCUGAAUUAAUUGACAAUGUAAAGCGCAAUGGGGGCUUCGUGGUUCCGCUGGAAAAGAAUGCAGACGUGCUGGUUGCGGAUGACGCAAAGCCUAAGCUUGCACCUGCAGGUUCUGUCUCGUGGAAAUACCUGAAGCAGAGUGUGGAAAAGGGGGAGCUAGAGGAUUUAGAGGCUCAUCGAAUAAACUCCCCUAGCAAAACUAGGCUUGCAGGAGGACCACAGAAAUUGACCCGAACGCCUUUCACACACGAAGAUAGCAUGGCCAUUAGUAUUUGGGUUGCCAAAGCUGAAAAACUCGGCUUUGCUGCCAGAGGAAAUGAGAUCUAUGAGCAGUUUGCAGAGAAGAAUCCUCGGCAUACUGCACAAUCAUGGCGUGACCAUUGGAUAAAGCAACUCUCUCACCAACCUCGACCAGAGAUAGACAUGAGCAGUACAGACUGGCCGGUGAAAAUCAAGGGAGACAGGCCGCGCCGGGUGAUUCCACCUGCAACUCAGUCCAAAAACGUCGGAACUACACCUAGUGCUUCAGGUGCAGGAAGAUCUCUGGUGCCGCCCAGUCCCACCUUGCUUGCCGCUUCUUACUCCCUCGAAGACGAAGCCCCACUCAUAGAGGCCCCAUCAAAGGAUGUUCCUUUCACAGAGGAAGACAUUGAAAUCCUAGAAAGGGAGCAUCCUGACAUUAUCAAAAUUCCCAUGGGGGAUUGGGUCGUCGCUUGGGAAGCGUUUGCCAAAAAAUACACAAGGCACACAGCAGGUGACUGGUCCAGAUAUUACUGCGAAGAUUUCCAUCCACGCAAAUUACGAGAAGGUAAGGGCAAAGAUGCUAUAUCAGUUAAGCCCAAGCCCAAUCAGGGACCAGACUCUACUUCUAAAACCUACACAACCCCAGUUCGCGCACCUGCAUCUUCAAGGUCCCAUACAGAGAGUGGGAAACAAACGCAUCGCCGGGGACUAGGCGAGGAGGGGGCCAUUGUAAGCAAGUCCCCAGAAUCUGCGACUUCAAAAGAUCGGUCUAAAAUUAGCGCCUCUGCCGAUAAAUCAAAAUUCUUGGCGAACUUGAGAGAAUUGUCAGGCGCCAUCGGAUGCGAGAUUGAACCUUCUUUCAGCCUAUAUGGACGCAAUUUCGAAUUAUAUGAUCUCUGGAGUGUAGUCAACAAGCCGGAGUUUGGAGGGUUUCAAAAAGUCGAGGAAUCAGAUAGAUGGUUGCAGGUUGCCUUAAAGCUAGGAAUCAAUACUUACAGGGAUGAAAUGGCACACACGGCUCUAAAACAGAAGUAUCGCGACAAGCUUGUUGAUCUCGACACCCAUAUAUCUGCAGGGAAAACCCGCGGGAAACGGCGCUCAUUUCCCACAAAAUCCACGGAACCAGUUACGCCAGUGACAACUAUUUCAACCCAGGCUUCUGAACAAACUCACGCGUAUAGUUCUGCGCGGAAAGAUGGCGAGACGAAAGGACGUGCCUCUCUCACAGAAUCUACGGAGCCAAUCACGCCAGUGACAGCUAUUCCAAGGCAAACCCCUGAACAAGCUCAUAUUCUCGCAAGUGGUGUGAACAUCCCAAAAACCUUGCGGCAAGCUACGGUUCCACCUCAAGAAUCAACAAAUAAGGACGCAGCAACCCGGAGGAUCCGACAAUCACUAGGCCACGGAGAAUUGGCAUUUUUGCAAAGCAUAAGUGAAUUUGCUAGGGACUGUUUGCCCGAUCCCGUUACCUUUGAGCCUAUUGUUUCCAAGCGUAAAAUCCGCCUAUUCGAUGUGUGGACCGCUUCUCUCCCGCUGCUUGCCCGUUUUGACGAUAUCGAAAGCAGAGAAGUUUGGGACGACCUUGCGACGCAAUUGGGUUUCGAAGUCUCGAUGCACCCCAGUGCCUCUGAUGAGCUCCGGCAGAUAUGUGAAGAUUUUCUAAUGGAUUUCUAUGAAUUUUUCAUUCAGAGAGAACAGGAAAAAAUAAGGGAAGAGGAAGCUCUGCGCCAACAACCUGAGGAGCAGGGGCAAUCUGAAGAUGAAGAAGUCGUGGAAGAAGAAGCCGUGGAAGAAGAAGUCAUGGAAGAAGAAGUUAUGGAAGAAGAAGUCAUGGAAGAAGACGACGUAUCUCCAGUUGUGGAAUCGAGGCCUACUUCCAGCUACAAUCACAGCAAGCGACCACGGAUCUCGAAAGGCAAAGAGAGGGCAGAUGAAAUCCCUUCAACACCGGAACAUAUCUAUAAUAGCCACCUGAACGUCGACGGAAAAUUACCAGACCACUCAAAUGCUCAAAACAAGAACCUCUUCGAAACUAAUAUUGAAUAUUUUCCCCCACCAUCUCCAUCGAAGGAACUCGAUUCUUCUCCAUCGCGCCAAGUUCUUUUCGAAGCCAAUAUAGAUCAUACACCUCCCUCUCAGAACAACGAUGACGAAGAUGCAACGCAAUCUCAGAAUGAUUCACCACUCUCUCAGAACAGCAAUGACGAAGAGGCAACGCAAUCACUGACCGCUUCACAACUCAAAGUGAUAGACGAGUUUUUCGAUCGUUCCACGGCGCAGGGGUUCGACUUCGAAAUUAUUCUCCGAAUGAUGAAGAUUACCACACUAGAUACUGAACUUGCGGGAAAACUUCUUUUAGAUUAUGCGAAUGGAUUGGAAGUCCCGAAAGAUGUACCUGGAGUCUGGACUGAAGAGGAUGACAUUGGAGUCAUGAGCCAGGUACAAUCUGGUGAUUAUAAGCGUACUCUUAAAAAACAUGGCAAAAUCAGAUGCUUGAAGCGGAAAAUGCACCUGAAAGAAGCAAAUGACAUGUAA